AUUUAUAUACUUUAACAAAAUGAAAUAUGAUUUCAAGUGUAUGCACUAAAAAUAGAAUUGGAGUGGCUCUCAACCCUUUAGACCUGAUAAACUUUUUUGACCCAUUCACCGUUCAGCUAAUGCUUUUUGUGUUUUAGGGUUAUCUCGCUUUGUGUUUUAGGGUUUCUCGCUGCCAUAUAUGAGAUGAGUACUGGGUUCAUCAUUCGAUAUCAUUAAAGAUGAGUACUGGAUAAAAAAGCAAUUUAUUUCUAAUGGGCUCAGCUAUGAUCAAAGUUACCAAGUUGAUUUAGACAUGAAAAGGCUGACCUUGCACUUCUUCGUGUGCCAAAGUCGUCAGCAGUGCUCUCAGCAAGCGCUACAAAAUAUAUCCAAUAUGAAGCUUUUGUUGGAGAAAGAAAAGGCUGAGCUGGAGCAGUUAAGGAGCGGGAAUGCAAGAGGUUUUCAUUAACGUUCCAUGGUGGUAUUUAGCUUUUUAUUUGAUGAUGAGUCCGUUCAUGACUCAAAGGACUAAGAGCAAGUUUGUGUUUGCCAGCCCAACAAAAACCGCUGAAACCCUUUUCAAACUUUUUUCUCAUAGAUAUGUGGGUCCAGAGCAUGUUCCGAUUCAGUACGACGGGAUGAGUGUAGAUUAUUGUGAUUGCAAUCCAGAAUUUACGAUUGAUGAUCCAGCUGCGGUUGUUAAUGUUAAACCGGCAACCAAACAACCCGUGGAGAUUAUCGUAAAUGAGAAAUGCACGAUCGUGUGGGAUCUAAGAGUAGUGGGGUGGGAAGUGAGCUACAAUGUGGAAUAUGUGUUGAAUGAUGAAACUAAUUACACCAUUAACAUACAAAAUCCGAAAAAGAUGACAGCAAUCGAUGAACCGGUUAUAAGUCAAGAGUUUUAAGAUCAAGGAGCUUGGUAAAAUACUUCUCAGCAUCGACAACCCGACUUCAAAGAAGAAAACACUACCAGUUCUAAGUUGAUGUCAAGUUAUAAUAGUUACUUUUGCAUAUUGUUUUAUGCUUAUUUUGCAUAUAAAUUAGCUACUGGAACAUAGAACAAAUUUGGCAUAUGUUUUGUUAAACAACUCAAUUAUUGGCAGUGGUAGCAAAGUAUUAGGCUCUUUAUAGUCUAAUCUUUUUAAGUAAA